UUGAGCAAAACUGAUUCGUUGACCAAACCCCGCGCAUCAUCGAUACCAACACCCAUAGAAAAAUUUGGAAACUUUUCAAUCUCAUUUGCUUCUUCCAAUCACCAAAACCCAAAUCUCGAUUCUGGGUUCUGGGUUCUUCACUCAAUGAAAUGAAGCUAGAAACAAAAACACGAACAUGAGCCAAUGUUGCUGAUUAUGUGUUUGAUACAACAAAGUUAGCAGUGGUUCCUGUUCUUCAAUUUGCGACAGAGGUUACAGUAAUGGCGUGGAGAAAUGGGUGUGAGGAAGUGGCCCAAUCGAAGCCUCUGUUCCUCACGAUCUACACCGUUGUCAUCAUUGGAAUCGUUGUUUCCUUCUUCUAUGUCUUCUCUGCAAUUUACUCUUCCAACAACUUGCUCUCCUCACCUUCCACUGUUUCUUCUUCCUUCUCUCAUGAUAAUCAGCCUCCUAGGGAUCAAACACUCAACAUUUCCCAGUCAGAAGUGAUUCAUAAUGUGCCCCCACCUUCUCUGGAGCCUCAAAAUGCAUCGACAAAGUCUCUAUGGGAUGUUCCUCCACUCGACAAAAAGAUGCCCGCUUUGGAGACUUUCCGACUGACCAAAGAGCUGGUUCAGCAAAGGGUGAAAGAUAAUGUUGUAAUAGUGACCUUUGGUAACUAUGCAUUCAUGGAUUUUAUUCUGACUUGGGUGAAACAAUUGACAGAUAUGGAAGUCACUAAUUUUCUUGUUGGUGCGAUGGACACCAAAUUAUUGGAGGCACUAUAUUGGAAAGGGGUACCAGUUUUUGACAUGGGCAGCCAUAUGAGCACAGUGGAUGUCGGCUGGGGUUCUCCAACAUUUCAUAAAAUGGGAAGAGAAAAAGUUAUUCUAAUAGAUGCCAUACUUCCUUUUGGUUUCGAGCUGUUGAUGUGCGAUACCGACAUGGUUUGGAUGCAGAACCCGCUUCCAUAUCUUGCUCGCUAUCCAGAAGCAGAUGUUUUGACUUCAAGUGAUCAGUUAAUACCAACAGUUGUUGAUGAUAGUCUCGAAGUUUGGAAUGAAGUUAGUGGAGCCUACAACAUAGGAAUUUUCCAUUGGAGACCCUCAGAGUCGUCAAAAAAGCUGGCAAAGCAAUGGAAAGAAAUGCUUCUAGCUGAUGACAAGAUAUGGGAUCAGAAUGGUUUUAAUGAUAUCGUACGCAAAAGCCUAGGACCAUCCGUUGGUGAUGACAGUGGACUUGUUUAUGCAUUUGAUGGAAAUCUGAAGCUGGGAAUUUUGCCUGCAAGUAUUUUCUGUAGUGGCCAUACAUAUUUUGUCCAGGCUAUGUAUCAGCAGCUAAGGUUGAAGCCUUAUGCUGUGCACACAACAUUUCAAUAUGGAGGCACUGAAGGAAAGCGUCACCGACUGCGAGAAGCCAUGCUUUUCCAUGAUCCACCGGAAUACUAUAAUCCUCCAGGGGGCUUCUUGUCAUUUAAGCCAUUUAUCCCAAAAGGCUUGUUGUUAAGUGGAGAACAUAAUGUUGAAUCACAUUUUGCCCUUGUUAAUUACCAAAUCAAACAGAUUAGGACUGCACUUGCAAUUGCUUCCCUUUUGAACAGAACACUGGUCAUGCCUCCACUAUGGUGCAGGAUUGAUAGGCUAUGGUAUCCUCAUCCCGGCAUUUUAGAAGGGACUUUGACUAGGCAACCUUUUCUCUGUCCUUUGGAUCAUGUAUUUGAGGUGAAUGUUAUGUUGAAAAAACUCCCAGAAGAAGAGUUUGGCCCUGAAAUAGCUAUUAGAGAAUACUCAAUAAUUGAUAAUCCUUCUCUGCCAUCGGAGGUUAAAAAUUCAUGGCUUGAUGUUCAACUCUGUAAAGAAGGAACCCCAGAUUGUGAUGCAUCAGAUAAUACCACCCUUGGGGGAUUUCUCAAAUUUCCAAAACAUAGCAAUGAAGAGACGUUUAUGAAAAUUUUCUCACCAUUCAAGGAUGUCAAAGUUAUCAAGUUCUCUUCAGUGCAAGAUGCUUUCACAGGUUUCACUAACAAGGAAAGGGAAGAGAGAUUCAGAAACCGUGUCAAGCGAUACGUAGGCAUAUGGUGCUGCGUGCUUGAUCAUGAUCCCGGUCACAUAUAUUACGAUAUGUACUGGGAUGAGAAACCUGGAUGGAAAGCAAUUCCCCCUCAAACACCAGAGGACGAUCAUCCACCUUGGUGAAGAGACCCAAGUGCAAAGUUGGUUUAGUUUCUAACCGUGAUUGUGAAGGCCAACAAUGUAUACUUUACAAAAGCAAAGAAGAUUUGUAUCCAUAUUGAGGAUGUAAGUUAUUAUAGAGGAAUUAGCAAACAAUUGGAUCUUGUGUAGCAAUUGAGGAAAUUUUUGUCCUUUUAUCAAACUAUAUUAGCAUCGCGGACUAGAGAAAUGGAAGCCUGCAAUUUGGAUUUGUGAGGUGCACUUAUUUACCCUUUUGAUUUCUUUAAAUUGCAUACUUGUGAUUAUAAUA